AUGCGCCGGAGCUGUUUUUCUACUCUCCGGCAGCUCCAGCACGACAACCCGCUGGGCCUCCCGCGUUCUGGCACGCCACCAUCCUUCCCUCGUCGCCGUGGCUUACCAGAGCAAAGAAAGAUCCGCGAUGUCAAUAAGAUUGUAGCAGUUUCUUCUGCUAAAGGCGGCGUUGGAAAGUCGACUAUUGCUGUGAACCUCGCCUUAGCACUUGCUAGGCGAGGAAUUCGAACGGGUAUUCUCGAUACUGAUAUUUUCGGUCCCUCUAUUCCUACGUUGUUGAAUUUGUCGGGAGAGCCUCGGCUUGAUGACAAUAAUUGUCUUAUUCCUCUGACGAACUAUGGCCUCAAGUCUAUGUCCAUGGGCUACCUGCUCCCUCCGCCUGCACCGGGAUCCACCAUCACCUCAUCCGAUCCUAAUGUACCGCCAUUGGACACAACACCUAUCUCCUGGCGUGGGCUCAUGGUAUCGAAAGCAAUGAACCAACUUCUGCAUUCUGUUUCGUGGGGCCCACUAGAUGUUCUAAUCCUAGACUUACCCCCGGGAACUGGAGACGUACAGUUAACUAUUAACCAAGAAGUAAUGGUAGACGGCGCGGUGAUUGUGUCCACGCCACAAGACAUUGCUCUUAGGGAUGCUGUUAGAGGCUACGGUCUAUUUGAAAAAAUGAAUGUUCCUGUUUUAGGUAUGGUGCGGAACAUGGCCUUCUUCGCAUGUCCACAUUGCGGUAAGGAAACCAAAAUAUUUUCGAGGGGGUCCAAUGCCCCUCACAGUGGACACGGGCUGCAUACAACUGAGUCCCAUGACUCUGGUGUGGUAGCGGCCUGCGAAAGACUAGGUAUCGAGUUUCUAGGAGACGUUCCUCUCGACGGGAGAGUAUGUGAAGACGCCGAUAGAGGGAUUCCCACUGUUGUUGCUGAAGAAUCAAAUGUCAACAGUCCCAGAAGAAAUGCGUUUUUGACUAUUGCUGAAAAGGUUGUGAAAAAAAUUGGUUUGGAAUGGAAAUGA